AUGGAGGCAGCAAUCUCGGUGCCCUCGCUCCCCCGCGCUCCCCCGCGCACGCCCCCCGCGCGGUUCCCCUCGCGGUCGCCUGCCAUUCCGGGCGAGGGCGCUCCCGCGCUCCCCCUCGCCUACAACCUGCGUCAGUGCAGCCAGGAGCGCCGGCGCCUCGGGCCCGAGCCGAGGGAGCGGCGGGCGGCCAGGACCGCCUGCCAACCGGUGACCCAGACCGACCUGCUGGGCGGCAACGGCCGCUGGAGGCAGAGGAGGGCGAAGGAGCAGUGGGCCCUCGAACGGGCCGAGGCGGAGAGGCAGCGGCGGGAGCGCGAGGGCCUCGAGGCCGAGAGGAAGAGGAGGGCCGAGGAGCGCGAGGCCGUCCGGCGGAAGCAGCAGGAGGAGGACCAGCAGCGCCAGCGGGCGAGCGAGGAGAAGAGGCGGAGGGAGCGCCUCGCGCAGGAGGAGAGGGACAGGCGUGAGGAGGAGGAGAGGCGCCUGAAGGAGCAGCUCGAGCACGCCGAGUGGCUGGCCAGGCAGCCCAAGACCUGCACCACAUGCACGGGCUCCGGCAAGUGCCUCAACUGCGGCGGCAAGGGCUCGUACUUCACCAUGUUCCUGGCGCCCUCCGUGAGCCUGGAUGCCAUGAUGGACUUCGGCCGUGCGGAGCAGGGGUGUCCAGAGUGCGGUGGCUGCGCCCAGAACAUUCGCGGCGCCAUGGUGCAGGGCUCGGGCAAGUGCCUCAACUGUGAGGGCGUGGGCAUGGUGACCCCCGUGGUGGAGGGGGACAGGCGGAGCUUGACCAGGACCAAUACUCACACCAGCAUGAGAAAGACGCACACGAGCCUAGAUCUCCACAUGUACAGCCUGCGCAGUCCCGUGGCGGCGGAGAGCGGUCGCAGAUCUUGCCUCAGCCAGGCGGAAGCCAGCCGCAAAUCCCUUUUCAGCCAAUGA